GCUGGAUGUGUUUGACCUGAAGAAAUACAUCAGAUCAGAUGCAUCUCUUCUCAAACUUCUCCCAGUUGUCAGAUCCUCUAGAACAGCCCUGCUGAACGAAUGUAAACUCACCAAGAAAAGCUGUGAGGCAUUAGCUUCUGUUCUCAAAUCAAACUCUUGCUGUCUGAGASUGCUGGACAUGAGUGGYAAUAAACUYCAGGAUUCAGGAGUGAAGCUGCUCUCUGCUGGACUGGRGGAUCCACACUGUAAACUGGAGACAUUGAAGCUGGCAGGCUGCAGCAUCACAGAGGAAGGCUGUGCUUCUCUUGCUUCAGCUCUGAGGUCAAACCCCUCCCACCUGAAGGAGCUGGACCUGAGUGGAAAUACUCCAGGAGACUCUGGAGUAAAGCUGCUCUCUUCUGUACGAGAGGAUCCCCUCUAUAAACUGGAGACACUGCUGCUGGCAGGCUGCAGCAUCACAGAGGAAGGCUGUACUUCUCUUGUUUCAGCUCUGAGGUCAAACCCCUCCCACCUGAAGGAGUUGGACCUGAGUGGAAAUACUCUAGGAGACUCUGGAGUAAAGCUGCUCUCUUCUGUACAAGAGGAUCCCCUCUAUAAACUGGAGACACUGCUGUGAGUUUUACUGAUCAGUUUCAUGAGCACACUGAUGUAGUGAUCAAUAAGCCAUUGUAGACAUCCAGACACUGAGUCAUAUUCAACAUAUGCCAGGUUCUUAUUGGAUAAGUUCAGGUAGUCCCUGCCCGUUUUGUUCCGUGUUCUUCUCUUUGAUGUCUAGUGAAUACGACCCUAUAUGUCUAUGCUGCUGUAUGUGGACUUAGAUCCACGACUUCUUUCCUUCCCAGGCUUAGUUAUUGAAAGCUCACUGUUAUGCUAUGGCGCACUGGCCUCAGCUCCAAGUCCUUGAUUUGAUUAAAAUGUAAAUACAUGUAAAUGUGGUCUGAUGUUCGUUGAUGUGUGCUGUUUCUGUUGCGUGUCAGUGGAUAGUGUGUUCUGUUAGCUUAGUAAAAAGCCUCCUUUUAUAAUGACAUGUUAUAUUCAUCAUGUCUAUACAUAUUGACUGUAGUUCAGUGUGUUCUGUUAGCUCAGUAUGAAGCCUCCUUUUAUGACAUCAUGUCUAUACAUAUUGACUGUAGUUCAGUGUGUUCUGUUAGCUCAGUAUAAAGCCUCCUUUUAUAAUGACAUCAUGUCUAUACAUAUUGACUGUAGUUCAGUGUGUUCUGUUAGCUCAGUAUAAAGCGUCCUUUUAUAAUGACAUCAUGUUAUAUCCAUCAUGUCUAUACAUAUUGACUGUAUUAUACAAAGUCACCAAACAAUGAAGUAGAUGUGAAAACAGGCAGGAUGUUUUACUAUUAAAUACAUUUUAUUACACAAGAGGACAAUGACAGUCUGGUCUUUUCACAGAAAGACAACUCUGAACAUCUCAUUGUGGGUCUUCUGGUUGGUCAGUAAAGAAGAGAGACAUGCAGUCUCAGCAGCUCCUUACUGCAGUGUGUGUGUGUGUGUGUGUG